AUGAUACAGUCCACUCGAUAUGACAUGUCGACCGAGCGCUGGGAAGUCGAAAUCAAUACUCCUGGUGGAAAGCGAAGGAUCACUUCAAAGCAGCUUGUUUUGGCAACAGGCUUCGGAUCGCAAAAGCCCAACAUGCCAUAUAUUCCAGGAAAAGAGUUUUAUAAGGGCACGAGCAUUCACUCCGCCCAAUUCAAGAGUGGAAUGGACCUGAAGGAGAAAAGCGCCAAGUCUGUUGUUGUGAUCGGAUCCGCGAACACGGCCUUUGAUGUCUUAGAAGAUUGCUAUGCAGCGGGCCUUCAGUCAACGAUGAACGUCCGAUCGCCGACUUAUAUGGUUCCCCUGGAAUAUGUCUGCGACAAGAUGAGCCUCGGGGCUUAUGAUGCUGGCGUGGAAGCAUCGGACGACCGUUUCUUGUUGCUACCCACGUUUGUGGACGGACAACUUGCCCGCAAUCUCUUUAAAUUUUUCGCAUCCCAAGAACCCGACCGAUAUGAAGCAUUGAAGGCUGCUGGCUUCCCGGCUCUUGACAGCAGUGAUCCGAGCCAAGCGCUCAUGUAUAACCUUCUUGAGCGUGCUGGCGGACACUAUGUAGAUGUCGGUGGCACCAAGCUGAUUGAGGACGGGAAGGUCGCGGUAAAGUCUAACGUUGAGCCUGUCGCGUACACAGCAACUGGACUCCAGUUCUCUGACGGCAGUGUUAUUGAGACUGAUGCGAUCGUGUGGUGUACUGGAUUCGCGGAUGGUAAUUUGCUUCAGACCGGUGCGGAGAUCCUGGGUGUUGGAGCUUCAAAGAUCGAGAGCAAGAACAUAAUCGGAUCAAAAGAGAUUGUCGCACGUUUAGAAGCGACGUGGGGAGUCGAUGCUGAGGGUGAGAUCCGGGGAUGUGGAGGCGUAACCCACGCCUGGACAAUUUUUGGGUGA